GACUUCUUUUAGACUUUUUUCUAAAGAUGUGGAUCCGCCCCUGCCUGAUUCCAUAUCUUAAACAUUGCCCGAGCACAUGAUCUGGCUGGUAUUUCUCUGUCGAUUAGCACACAACGAGUGAGGAGCAGCUUUUUAGCCUGCAGGAAAAAGUGGAAGAUAAACGUUGAUCCUGUCAAUCAAAAACUAAGUCUUUAGGCCGACCUUGCCGACAGAAAAACACAGAGAUGAAUUCCCUGUUUCUCCUGAGCUGUCUAAGCUCCACCUGGUUUCUCUUGGUAUACUCGCACAUGGUACUGGAGGACAAGCUAUCCACCAAUAAGUCUUCUUUCUCGAGUAUACAGAAUGGGAGCCUGUCAGAUGCUCCACCCAUCGUCAUUGUAGAGUUGCCCAAAACGGCAAAGAAAAAAAUCAAGAAACCAAGAAAGAACAAAUUCAGCGUCAAAAACAAACGUCCACCUCCUCCCGCCAACUGCGUGCCAUUGUGGGGAAGCUGCAAAACCCCUAAUAAUGUGUGCUGUGAGUACUGCGCUUUCUGCCACUGCCGCCUUUUCAAGACUGUGUGCUAUUGUCGAAUGGGAAAUCCGCGGUGUUGAAGACAUGAAAGAAACAUAACAGAAUAUUGGCAUAUUCACAAGGAGAGAAAAUGUCUAUGAGUAGGCUUAUCAUACCAUCUUGUUUGAUGUCUCACUUCUGAGGAUAAUGGCCAAGAUUAAUUGAGGACAGAGCCUACAUGUGUAGGCCUAAAACCACACAAAUCCUUCGACUAUCAUUCCAAAUUUGAGACAUUACAAAUAAUUGGAAUAGUAUUUAUCUCAUAUGAGGUAAAAAAAUAAAAUAAAAAGCGGCACCAGACAAGUUCCAUAAUGGUGUACUAGAGGCUAGUUGACCCUUUCAUUCAAAUCUGUUCAAUUACACAUUUGUGUCCUUUAAGUAGGCUACCUUUCCAUAAAUGGAGAAGUUGUCCUAGUCCAAGGCCUAUUAAAUCAUAGCCUAUAUUAGUGGAUAUAUAUUUUUCAAUUAUAUUCUAUUAAUAAAGACUUUGUUCUGAAGCAAUAGCUUACACAUCAUGCCAGUGCUGUAAAAGAGACAGUGAGUUGGAUUUACUGUCUUGAGUAGUCCAGGGGCCAAAUUGUCUGGCUCUUUGAUAAAACAUAGCAAGCACCUUAAAAGAAGCACAAAUUAUGUUCCCCUACCUGGUUUUCAAAGAUUGAUGCUGCUAGUGUUCAUAACCUCAUAAUGAUCAGCAGUGUUGUAUUGCAUGCAUGUGAUCACUUGAACGACAGCAGAAAUUAAACUAGCACUGGAGAAAUACAAAUGUUUUAUAGUUCUAUAUUAAUAUGACAUGUUAUUUACAGAAAGACAAACUGGCAAAAGCACUCAAGGAGCCAAAAUGUCUGUUCUUGAGUAAAAAAAAUAACUAACUGUACAAUAUUUACUACGAGGCAUUUACUGAGGGCCAUUAGUACUGAAUUCUUCUAUGGCAUAUGGCUUGUAUUAACACUUAUUUUAUUGAUGUAACGAAAAAUCUAAUCAACACAUAUUUUGAAAUAAACUUCUAUUUACA